AUGCCCGUGGACCGGAAACCUAGGCGGGAAAACUGCAGGUUUGCGGGUACUGCCGAGGCGCCGCAUUCGGAGCCUGUCUCCUUCCUAGACUCCAGCCGCGGUGGAUUGGGUUCCCGCUCUUGGCCAGGCGGGCAAGGGCAGAUUUCCGGCGGUGAGGAAGCGGGCGGGGUUCUGGUGCAUUCUUUUCAUGUUCAACACCACCACACCACCUGCGGGGGUCGCUGCCAACAGCAGCAGCGCCAGCGUAACUGCAUGCGACACAGCGGGGUGCGGUACUGCCUAGACCCCAUGUGGGUGCGGGUGAUUCCAGAUCGAUCGCGUGGCAUGCCUGGAGGCUCAAAGUUUGCCAACUCGAGCGACGUGUUUCGAGCCACAUUCGAUAAUAUGGACGUGGGAGCGCCGCUUGUACCCGCAAAAAGGAUUCAAUAUUGA